UCCAGUCGAAGCUACACGAACUGGCAGAGCGCACAGAGCAGCAAAGAGUACAAAAUGAAAGUGGCAAUUAUUGGAAUACUACUUAUCCAAGUGAUAGCCGUGUAUGCGCAGCCCAUUGAUGACUAUGCCACAAUAGGAACAUCAACUAUCAUACCGGAAGUCAGCGAGCCACAAACUUCUUCAACAGCAAAUGCAGAGAAUUCCUCAACAACUGCAGAAGCUGAAGUAACUGAGACACAAAACUCUUCAGCAACAAAUGCAGAAAGUGUGCCAACAACAAUUGAACCUUCUACAGAAGAAACGGAAGCAACAGAAGAAACUGAAGAAACAGAGACAACUGUGCCACCAACUUCUACAACAGAAGAUGCAGAAACCACUGUCGAACCACCCGUAUUAUGUGAUGAGGGAGUCGCAUUUCUGCCAGCGCCUCAGUGCAAUGAUUACUACAUGUGUCUAUAUGGUGUAGGCAUCUUGAAGUCAUGUCCAGACGGUCUCUACUGGGAUCCCAGAUGGAAUAUUUGCAAUUGGGAUUCCUCACGUUGCGACAAUGGAUUGCCAGAAUCAAAUUGCUCAGAUGGUGUUGAAUUUCUACCCGUCGAGUCAGAUUGCACCCAAUACAUUCAGUGUGUUCACAAUAGUCCAAUACAAAUGACAUGUCCAGGCUAUCUAUUCUGGAACCAACCACUUCAAAGAUGUGACUACAAAUGUGAAUUUUAGAAACUUGCUAAAUGAAAUUUUAAUUUGUUAAUGUUAUUAUUUAAUAAUGUGAAAAAGUGAAUCAUUCACUAAGCGUGUUAAAAGCAAUAAAUUUAUUGAAAUUGUUAA